CGACUGACGACGGAACUGRCCGUUCUGGAAGAAAAGUACCCGCAGAACACUGCCUACAACAUCAGCCAAACGAAGUACAAGGACACGACAUGGGUAAACACGGAGGAAUUCAGGUUGAUGUUYCUGCGACAUGAAUUUUUCGAUCCGAAGAAGGCAGCAGCCCGCCUCGUUGCCUUUCUCGAACUCGUUCAGGAAUACUUUGGUGAUUUUGGAUUGGAGAGAGAAAUAUGCUUGUCGGAUCUCAGUGAAAACGACCGCAAAUWCCUCGACGCCGGGUAUUUGCAGGUGUUACCGGGCCGAGAUCGAAGCGGGCGUCGAAUAUUUGGCCAUUUCUCCGGCGACGUCGUGAAAGAUUUGUUCGAUCCAGCCCGACCGAACGAGAAUUUUAUAGACUCACGAGUACGUSCUUCGCUUCGUUACCGACGAUCGAUGCCAAAUUGACGCGGGCAUGGUCCGAUCGAUGAAAUGGUCGCUACAUCGCACAAAAGCAAUAGUGAUACUAACUACACMGUCCGUCUUUUGCGCCAUUCUGUUUCUCGCUCACCCUUCACACUGUUAUUAAUUUUGUUGUUCAAAUAGAUUAAGGUCGCGAUAUACAUGUCAUUGAGAAUUGCGAAAGACGAUGUAGACGUGCAGCGAAGCGGAGUGGUGAUGAUCUUUUGGAUGCACGAAAUACGAAUCGAUGAUCUGAAGGUCCGCAGCUUUGUUCACAAAAGGGUAGUGCGGGCUAUUUUGAUCCGAGUAAAUGCACUUCAUUGUUACAUCCCGCCAUCUGGAAACACACAAUUGCUGAACAUGGUGAAAGCAAUGUUUUUGUUGGCGAUUGGCUCCGAAUUAAGAUCGCGGGUGCGGAUCCAUGUAGGGUCGGCUACAGAAUGCUGUUAUAGCAUGCAAACAUUCGGCAUCCAAUCGUCGCAAUUGCCGAUCAACAMACGAAAGUCGGAAAGGCAAGAUGCAAAUCAUCGCAAGUGGUUGGAGCAACAAUCUAUAAGAGAAGAAUACAUUAAAAACAAAAAGGAAUUCAAGGGAAUCGAAUGCCCCCGCCAUUCGGACAUUUUGUUUGGAAGGGGAUGGCCCAUACGAAAACACGCGGGAAAUACGCUUUUUCGCUACGUACUCGAACAACGUCGAGAGGAAUACAACAAUGCCAAACGGAAUCGCGGACGGAAAACCAUGGUGGCAGCGUCGGUGGUUCGUGAGUUGAAAGAAUCCCACGGAUCGAGAUUCUUGCGACAAGACAACAAGUGCGGCGGUUUCUGGUUCGAGGUCYCAGAUGAAUCGGCCAGRGAAAAAGUGAGUGUUGGAUUUAGAGAUAUGAGAAAGCCAAAGGACAAGGGGGUCAAGGGGGAAAGUGGCAACGUCAGUGAUACUGAAACCACCUCAUCGAAACGCAAGUGUGACGAUGAAGGAUCAAUAAUGAGUUAUUUGUCCUCCUCACAAUCACCACUUCCCAUGGAGGAAGAUGCUCUUGUCAAUGGACCAGAUUUGUCCAAUCAGCAGAGCAAUGACUAUGACCAAGACAUCAAUAAGCAUUAUGCAUUCAUUUCUACAGAGGGGAAGCGGCAACGUCUAUUUUUUGGAACUGAUGUUCUGGGUCUAUGCCAAAAUGAUGACGACAACCAAAACAGCGGCAUUGACGACACACCGUUGGAAAGAUGUUCGUUCAAGUGGGUUUAAGAUUCCAACGCCUUUCUCGUGCAGGCAAUAAAUAGAGGAUAUUACGAUCA